UCAAAACCCCGAGAGCUCCCACUCUCCGAGCGAAGAAGAAGAAGAGGAAACCCUACGGCGACGAGGAAAAAGACGAAGAAGAGUGAAUCCCCAUCGAUCGCUCGGCGAGCUCGAUCAGCUCCUCCCAUCUAUGGAUCCGGGCGAGAAGGAGGACGUUCGGAGGUCGCACCAGUGCACCGUCUCGGCGCUGGAGAGGAUGAGGGCCGGAAACUAUCGCGCCGCCGUCGGAAACAAGGAAACUUUGGCAGCAAUAGCUGCGCACUACGAGAUCAAUCGAUCCAACAUUCAUAACAAAAUCAAGCUGCUUGAAGAAGAUUAUGCUUCAUUCAGGCGAAUACGCCAAGAUGGCAACAAUUUCUACAGAAGCUUCAUGUUUUCCUACCUUGAGAGAGUGAUGGAAACACAAGACUUGUAUGAGUUUGAUCGCGUACGCUCAAGAAUCUCGCAGUGCAGACGAAUGAAUGCAAUUUUGGGAGGCCAUGAAUAUACCUUUGAUGAAUUAUCGCAGGAAUUGCAGCACGUGCUGGAGCGUAUCAUCCACGCUGCACCAAAUAGUACGAGCCCUGAUGAGUUUCUGCUUAAUUGCCUCGACGAGCAUGCUUCGUUGAACGUGAUGAUCUUCUUCAGGCUAGUCACUUCGAUCGAGAUUCACAUGAAUAGCAAUUACUACAGGCCGAAAAUACAUGCCGAAUACAGAAGCAUGGAAGAGUUUGUGCUGGAGCAAGCCAUGAUAGUCGACUUCGAAACGGACCAGCUGCGUGUAAAGGCCCUCAGCGAGGCCCUGGAAAUCCCGACAAAGGUGGUGCAGUUUGACGUGCUUGCGCCAGUUCCUGAGCUUCCGAAGUUGCCUUAUUGCUUCUUCGACGGCUCGUCCCGCCGAAACUUCAAUCUUGGCCUUCUGAGCGACGACUUCCUGCUCAUCUCCGGGAGCAGCGACGAGCAUGCCGUCCCCGCCACCGGACCCCCUUCUCCGGCCAUCUUGGACCUGAGGGCUCCCUCUUACGUGACCUUGGUGUUUUGGCGCGGCCACUAUGGGGUCCUCUACCGCAACUCGGUUCUUAGCGGCCUUAAGCACGACUUCUUCUAAGAGUCGCGGAAGAGACUUAGCUCACGUUAGCUGCGAGCAGCCAACGGAGGCGAGCAAUACCACAUGACAACCAAUUGAGGCAAGAUCUCUCUCCUUUGCUGUUUUCUUUUUUUUUUCUUCUAACUUUUACGCCUACAAAGAAGAUGUGUCUGAAUACUUUCGUGGAUACGGAUGAUACGGUGAUCUGCAAAUAUUAGGAUACUGCCGUAAGAAUAGGGAUUUAAGAUUCGUACAGAGCAUAGUUAAUAUAUUGGCAAGCUAAUCAGUGUCCAAACGUGAUUUGCAACAAAUGAAAAAA